UACCACCGACUGAUGCGUAAUUUACACGCAAUUCGGUUGUGAAAUCAGUUUCCGGGAAGUAGACGGAGACAAAAUGAUCAACAACGUCCACUUUACGCACAGAAACGCUCACUUUAGAAACUCAAAAAUGGCUAAAAUGACCGAUUUUAUGACAGUUUAGUGGAUGAAGAGAGUUUAUAGAGCAGAGCUGGGGGAAAAAUGUGAGUUUUCCUGGGAGGAGUUAAAGUUUGUGCCUUCAGCUGUUCUCUCCUCCUCUGAUCACAACACACGAGGCUGUGGACGGAGGAUGAAUGAAAAAAAACUCCUUAAAGCGACUCUCUCACAUGUGGACGAUGAAACUAGAAGCAACAGCUCGGACUUAUGCCACUUUCCGUGCAGUCUGGAGGCGCUGAGAUGAAGCUUUUUCUCUGAAACAACGAGCUCCGUACUGAAGCAUCAUGUCCCUGUGGCUGAUUCUUCCUGUCAGUCUGCCCGUCUUCACCAUCACAGGAAUAUGGGUCGUAUAUGCGAUGUCCCUCUACAACCAGCAUGUCUGUCCUGUGCAAAACUGGCUUUACAAUGAGUCCUGUGAGGAGCCUCUUCCACUACAGAGGGGUCCUGUGCUGUGCUGCACUCUGGACAACAUCCCACUCAUCAGUAAAUGUGGAACUCUGCCACCUGAAAGCUGCUUUUUCAGCCUCAUAUGCAGCACCGGAUCCUUCAUGGUGAUGCUGAUCGGCCUGCUGAGAUACGCCCACGUCAUCGAGAAGCACCAGAACUGCGUCCUGAACACGGCCGGACUCUCCACCGGCUGGAUCUGUGCCGCCGGGCUCAUCAUGGUGGGAAACUUCCAGGUGGAUUUUGCCAAAGUCCUGCACUACGUUGGAGCUGGAGUGGCCUUCCCGUCCAGCAUGCUGUUCGUUUGCCUCCAGUCGGCUCUGACCUACAGACUGGCUAAAACCCAGGACGAGUACCGGAUGGGUCACCUCCGGGUGGGGAUGGCUCUGCUGGCUCUGGUCGCCCUGGUGCUCAGUGGAGUUUUCUUCUGCCAGGAGAGCUUCGCCCUGCAGCACACCUCCGCCAUCUUCGAGUGGGUCUACUGCAUGCUCAUCAUGUUCUUCUACGGGACGUUCGCCUUCGAGUUCGGGGAGAUGUCGGGGGACACGCUGAUGGUUCUGUCCAGAGGAGGCGGCCUGCAGAGCUUCUCCACCUCCAACCACAAAGCAGACGUAGGCGGAGGUCCAGGCCACCACCAGCCGGACGGUCUGUCGAUUCUCUAACUGAGCUGGAGGUCAGUCAGAAGACCCUAGAGUGGAUUCUGGAGCCUGGAAGCUGCAUCCUGCCAUGCUCACUAUUGCACAAAGACUGACAGACUUCUAUCCUGCUUUGUAAAAGUAGAAGCUGCAGAACAUUGCACAGCAUCAUCUGCCCUCAAGUGCCUUUCUGAACACGUUUGUUUUAGUUCUGCUAACAAUCGCUCUCUGAACUCUUGGCUGGAGUCGCCUUUUUGUCCUGAAAGUGCCUCAGAUGUGCGGCGGCGUCAGCGCUGGAGUUUCCUCCCAUGUUUAGACGCUCAGACGUCGAACCCCAUGAUGCUUUUACUCAGGAAGUUUUGUUACAUCAUCAGCUUUCGCUCUUCACCUUGACGACAAGAUCAAGCUUUCCAAAAACUUCUGACAAUAGAUGGACGUUACUGUGUGCCAAAAAUAAUCUGUUUCACUUCAAGUGCCUGAAUUGUUUGUGAAAGUGUGCGUUUGUGGUCAAAAAUUUUGGCAGCAGUGUAAAUGUUUUUCUAAGUUUAUCCCAUCGUUGAAGUCACGAUACCUGCUGCAUCUCUGUAUGGCAAUAUUUCCUACAUAGCUGGACUUUACAACACCUAGAAAUACUGUUCUCUUCCCUUGGAAAUUUUCUACUUUGAUUGCUUUUCAACAUUGAAUCAUAAUAGGUUUAAUGUGGCUUUCUGACAACAAUUUACAAAACAGACUUUCAGGUCAAAAUGAAACAGAUUUUUACAAAAUAUUGUCAAUUAAUUAUAAAAUGUAAAACAAGUGAUUCCAUAAGCAUUCACUUAUGGAAUGUGCUUUAGACCUUCACAGGUCUGCUGCUGAGAAGCUUCCCUACAUCAUGAUGCUGCCACCACCAUGCUUCACGUCAUGAUGCUGCCACCACCAUGCUUCACGUCAUGAUACUGCCACCACCAUGCUUCACAUCAUGAUGCUGCCACCACCAUGCUUCACGUCAUGAUGCUACCACCACCAUGCUUCACGUCAUGAUGCUGCCACCACCAUGCUUCACGUCAUGAUGCUGCCACCACCAUGCUUCACGUCAUGAUGUUGCCACCACCAUGCUUCACGUCAUGAUUCUUCCUCCAUGCUUGACAUCAUGAUGCUGCCACCACCAUGCUUCACAGUCAUCUAGUCUGAUUGGACCAAAAGCUCACUUUUGGUCUCAUCAUACCAAAGAACCUUCUUCUAUUGGACUUCAGCAUCUCCUACUGGCCUUCUGGUGAAUUCAACUCCAGACUUAAAAUGAGCCUUUUUCAGUGACGUCUCUCUCUUAUUCUCUUAUGAUGUCACGCUCCUAUAAAACUUUGACUGGUGAUGAAAAGGCAACAGUUGUUGGAUGCAGAGUUCCUCUCAUCUCAGUUGCUGAAGCUUGUAACUCCUUCAGAGGAGUCAUAGGAGUCUCGGUGGCCUCGAUCACCAGCCUCUUUGUAUAAAUCUGUUUCUACUUGGACAUGAAGGACUCUGUUUUUGUAAAUUCUUUUUUCUUUUAAGUAAAAUUAUAUUGACUGUGUUGAAAAGCAUAAAAGGGGAAGACUUCCCAGGGGAAUCAAUACUUUUUAAAGAUGCUGUAUUUCCCGGAUGAGCUCUGUUCUGUUGUAUAACUUGUUUUGUCCUUUAUCAGCUGUUUGCCAAAAAAAAGUUGUAUCAUUUCUUUCAGUGAAAAUGACUUUAUAUAGCAUUAAUGGGACCAAACUAUAAAGGAGCUUCUUAUUAUAAUGCUGUGUUUGAUCAUAAACAGAAAUGCUUUUCUAAGAAACGAAAUUCUGUAACAUAUACAGACAAAAAAUAAAUAGAAAAAAACUUGA